AAGGCGCUCUUUCUUUUCGACGCUCAGCUAGGAAGGCCUGCCCUGUUCCUUUCAUCCGGAUAAUUAGGUGACAGAGGAGGACACGAGGAGGUUCCGGAAGGAGGAACACGUGCGUGGAAGCAUCUGGGAAACUCGUGGGAAGAGGAGGUGUCCUCGCCGCCGUGGAGAGUCGCGGGGCGGAGGAAGUCUGCCGGGGUCUCCCGAGGAAAACGGUGCGGAUGUCAUCAGAAUAGCCGUAUAGCCUGUGUGGCAUUACGGUCCUUCGCAAUUCUCGCUAGCUCAGCUUGUGCCUAAAGUUGAAGUUGAAGCCCAAUUCUCUUUACUCCUCAGCCCUCAACCAGCAAGGGACUCUUGGAAGCUGUUGUUAUUCGGCAGGGCGGCGAAUUUCGGAAGGCAGCUAGAAACCGAUCUUGUGCGCAAGGCUUCUAAGAGGAUUUCUAAGCGGUUCUGAUUGGAUGUGUUCCUUCCAUGGCUGCAAUUUACUCUGGCAUUCAUCUGAAGCUGAAAAGCUCAAAGACCUCUUGGGAGGACAAACUCAAGUUGGCUCGGUUUGCAUGGAUUUCUCAUCAGUGCUUCCUUCCAAACAAAGAACAAGUCUUACUUGAUUGGGUAAGUCAUAGCUUGAUUUCCUGCUACAAUAAGAAACUUGAAUUGCCAGAUGAGAUAAUUGAGAAGCUUUGGAUUUACCUGGACAGCAUCAUUCACAGCAAAAAGCUGCAGGAUCUCUUCAAAAAUGAAAAAACAGUCACUCUGCGCUUUACAAUUGCACAGGUCAUAAAUGAAAAUCUUUCUCUUGCUUACAAUCAAAAAACACUGAAGAAUGUCAAGGCAGUGCUAAGCUGUUGUAGUGGCAUCCUCUCCAAACCUCCUCUUUCAAUAGUUUAUACUGCAAAAUUUGAACUGCUGGUACAUCUUUUGAGUAAGUUGUCCUGGCUAACCUGUUGGCAGUUAUCAUCAGAAAAUGCUGUGUCCCUCCAGUUGUUUGAAGUCCUUCAACUGACCUUCAGGCAAUACCUUCUAAUUCAGCGGCAGCAAACCAAUGCAAAUCGCGUAUUUGGACAAGUGAUCCAGCAACUGCUGCAGCCAUGCUUACUGCUUAGAUAUUUGUUAACAAUGAAAGUAUGGACUGAUGCAGAUGAUGAUCGCAUUCAUCCACAACUCAGCAAGGAAGUCCGAAAUCACGUAGAGACGUUGCUCAAGGCUGGCAUUUUCCAACAGGAGCUCUUGUCGUCCUACAGAGAAGAGCUGUUACAAGAGAAGGAAUCUGUUGGCACAAAGAAACGAGGCUUGAAAAAUCUGCUUCUCCCAGCCAAUACAGUUCAGGCUUCUUUAAGAGACGCCGCCUUUUGCGAACAAGCUCUUCGGGGAAAGGUGGUAGCGCAUUCAGUACCUUUGCUCUUCAAGCUUUUUUUAGAGACUUACAAUAAGCCCGAAGACCAUUUGGUCUGCUUUCACAUGCUUACCAAACUUUACGAUUGCUUACGGAUUUCUUGCCUGCGAGGGAAUCUUUGGGACAACCAGCUUCCAGCAUCAGAAUGGAGCCCAGAGCUGCUUGCGGUGGAGCAGCUACUCAAUUUGGUGCUGAGCAAUAAUAUUUAUAACGUGGCUGCUGAUCAGAUUCGGCACAAGGCAGUCCAGUUUAAUUUUUACCGUCAAUUAGCCCAGUUGCUGAUGAAUCAUUCACAGGCCACCAUACCUGCCUGGUUUAGAUGUCUCAAGGCCUUGAUUUCAUUAAAUCAUUUGAUUGUGGAUCCCGAUUUGGAUGACUUAGUGGCCUUGGCUUGGGUUGAUGCAGAGGUCUCUGAGCCACGAACAAAGAAGGCUCAGACAGCCCUCAUUAGCACCGUCUUCUCCACUUAUGCCAAAUUGCGCCAGUUCCAAAACCUCUUCCAAGAAGUUUUAUCAGUCGUUUUACGUCCUGCUGCAGAGGAAUCAAGACUGCCACUGUUGCCAGCUAGUAUCAGGGCCAAGCUAUGUGAGUGUCUUUUGGAUCUGCCAUCCAAUCAGGUGCUGGAUAUCGUAGCUCUCGCGGUGGAGAAAUGUCAGACUUUUGUCAUUCCUCAUGUCAAGGGGGAUGCCGAUGUGGCCUCAAAGCUUCUGUCCAUAAGCACAUUGCUGUAUUCGGUUCUCUUCCACAUGAAGAGCUUAAAUGAUUCCACUCCAUUGUCUGUUGUGCAUCGCACUCAAAACCUGCUGGAGACAGUGCAGAAGAAUGUCAUCCAAGUUCUCUUUGACCUGCUGAAAAGUUCUGAGGCAGAAGCAACAGAACUUGAGCUUUGGACAGAGAAGGUCAGCAACUCAGCUCUUCUUCUGGCUUGUGUGUGCAUAGAAAGUGAUACUCUUUUUGCCUUAAAUUGCAAGCAGUAUAGCUCUCCCUUAGCCCCGUUGCUUGAUGAUCCUUCUGAAGAAAACUGGGACUUCUCAGCCAUAUUUUCUGGUUUAGAUGCAGAAUGUUGGGAGAAGGUAAAUAAGCUGGUAAAAUGUUCCUCCCCAAUGAGCAGCUAUUGUACCGAAUGGCUGGUGCUUCAAAAAAUGAAGAAGAUGCUAAUGCACACCACCUGUUGGACAGAGGCACCGCAUCAGGCUUUGCAAAGUGCUGGGGCUUUCAUCCUUCAGUCUGGAAGAGCUUCCAUGAACAAAGAAGAAUCGGAACCCUGGGAUGGCAGUGCAAGUAGUAUCACCGCUCUUACUUAUCCCGUGGCACAUUGGCACCUGGUAGUCUCAAAUCUCCCUGUCCUGUUUCCUUACCUUUCUGAGAAUGAUACAGAGUACAUUGCAGAGGUGCUGCUGAAAACACUAUUGGUUAAGCAAACCCAGUCAACUUUUGCUGAUGAGGACGAUUUUUCAUUCACGAUGGAGAAGUUGUCUCGGGAUUUAUUGCACAGUUCCCUUCUCCCAGAACUGCAGAUGCUGCACUGUUUUUUCCUAAGCCAAAUAAUCCAGCACUGUGCUAGUGUUCUUUCGUCUACAUUUCCAAAUAUUGCCAAUCAGCCUCUUCAGUUGCUGUGUGCAGGAGAUACUCCGUGGUGUGAAGCUAUCCCUUCGGGUCAUGCAGCCAGUGUAAGGUCUAGCAAUGAUUUUUCAGUCUCCUGGGCAAUUAUGGAGAAAGUUGCUUUCAAUAUACUGCAAUUAGUGAAAGAUAGUUCUUACGCUACCUUGGAGGAAGAACAUAUCAAAGAGCUCUUGAGUAUACUAGAGGUCAUUUCAGCAUUGAAUGUAGACGGCUUCUUUCCUUUGGAUUUCACACGAUGUUUUCUUCUGUUGGUUUCUUUGGCUGUUAAUACCAGAGCAAGCAUUUCUUGCAACAAGGCCUUGUCUUUAAAGUUUUUGGCAACCUGCUGCCACCUUCUAGCAUGCUUACAGGCCGGAAGACAUGCAAACUCAUCCUUCAAGGUUUUGUAUGCUAGUGAUGUUCUCGAAGCUCUCCUCAACUCUAUGUUUGCAGUCUGUAAGACCUUUGGCUGUGUCUUGAAGAUUGAUGCUUGGGAUGAAUUUCUUCACAAGCUCCAACUCUUUUUGGAACACUAUCUUCAGAUAACCCUAGAAAGGAGGCAGAGUGUGAAACUAAACCUGGAAAAGUUCCUGUCUUUUAUAACAAGUUGCCAAUCAUGUGAUACAAGUUCUGGACAGCCUGAGCAUUGGAGCCCUGCAGCUGACCAGGUUCUUCUAGUGGCAUUAAUUUCAUUGUGUCAUGUUUUGGCUACGUACCUGCAACAGCAACCCAAUGGAAAACUACAUAUUUCAGGAAUGCUACCUGUUUUUCUUAAACAGACCGUGUUGCAAACAGGAGCGACUAUCAAGUUCUGCCUUAGAAACAAGACAAAAGGCCAGCCAUUACAUUUGGCUUUUAUACCACAUAUUACUACUCUUCUAAAAGCAGAUUCAUUUUGUUUUCAAUCUAUGCUUCCUGCAGCUGGUGAGAAUGAACUACAAGAGCCAAUGAAACCCGACAAAAACAGGCAGCUUUUUCACAAGGAAUUAUAUCAAAGCUUUUGUGUUCAAAUAUUGAGAGAACUUGACGUGGCAGAUGGUAACCUCCAGUUCCUUCACUCUGCUUUGCAGUUUUUGACUGCUUUCUGUUCCAUGCCAGAACUGUAUCCCCCACAUGUGACUUCUAUUGCCGUAUUUAAUUUGGUCAGAAAAUUACUUGCAGGUCCUGAAAUCAAAGGCCAGUUGAUUCAAGAUCUAGAUGUUCCCUUAACUGAAUUGAUUGCCCAGCUGGUGGAGAAUGGUACCAUUGAUGACUUUUCUACCAUGUUGAGACUGCUGAUUGAGGGACUGAAUGUUUGCAAUCUUUGGAAACAAAAUUCUGAAAUAGUAUUAUCAGCUGUUACCUUACUGAAAGUGCUACUCAACUGUCCUCUAAGUGGAGAGAAAGAGAAAGUUUUCUGGUUUUCUACUCCCCAGAUAAUGACUGCUUUAGCUAUGCAAAUCAAAGAGGCUUCUCAAGAUCCAGUCCUGCUCCCUGUUCUUGCUGUGCCUAUCCUGGAAGCAGCAGCUCUUCUGCUUAGAUGCGGGGAAGGGAUUCUCUCCAACCCACAUCAUGUUGCUCUUGUUUUUAAUAUUCUUUUGACUGUCCCUCUUGACCAGAGGGUGUACAGCAGCGUCUUUCUGGGAAUUCAUGAAGUGCUCUUUUCCAUUCUGCAGUGUCAUCCUAAGGUGAUGCUGAAAGCAGCUCCGUCUUUUUUGAACAGUUUCCAUCGAUUGGUUAUUUCUGUGAUGCAUGAAGGGAGACAAAAAGGAGACAAAGGGUCCGUGGAUGAACUUGAAGAUAUAUUGAAAUGUGCUCAGUUGGUGGAGCGGAUGUAUAGUUAUAUUGCUGCAAAAACAGAAGACUUCACUGUGAUGUCAGCCUUCAUUGUGGCCCAAUAUGUGAUAGAAUUGCAAAAGGUGACUUUGCAUCCAGCUGUAAAGAAACAUCUAACAGAAGGGAUCUAUCAAAUCAUAGAUCUCUGCAAGGAACGGGACAUCAAAUUCUUAAAUGUUUCUCUACCAGCAGGUGUGAGAGAAGUUUUCAAGGAACUCUAUCGCGAUUAUACUCAUUAUCACAAAGCUUUAAAGCAAGGGGAUGAAAAGUACAAAGCGUGAACUAAUUAUUCUUUUGAGUUCUGGGUGAAGAGUCUCCAUCUGGAUGGGAUGAAACCUACUUUUCUUCCAUAUUAAGUCACUUGAUUUGGAAUGAGAAAACUAUGUGCCUCGAAGCAAGGAUGAAUGGCACAUAUCCUCUGCAUUGGUGAUUUGAGUAAACUUCUGCUUUUCCAGGGUUACAAGCAGACAUUUCUGAAAUAAAUUGUAUUAAAAAUGUACAUUGCAAGGAGAAGUUCUGUAGAGGGGGGAAAAAAUAAAUGUAUUAAUGGGCCAGAAUUUUGAACUAUGAACGAGCACCAUUUUUUCCCUUUUUGAAGUAAGCGAUAAUGGGUUCCAAACUUCUCUUUUGUUGUUGUUGUUUUGUUGUGUUAUUUUUAUAUUUAGACCGAACAAAUUUUGUAUUAUACCUGUAAAAUAUUGAUAACUAUUAAAUUUAAAUAGCCUU